UUUCUCUUUCAGCCUAUUCUCUCAACCACCGCCUGUUGACGCCACCCCUUCCUCUGAUAAGAACAUCGGGUCCGAGACAAGGGGAGGGAGAAAGAGAGAGAGACAGAUCUGCUGAAGCUCAGCAAAUUAUUCCUAUGGCGAGCUCAGAUGCAGCAACGUCGUCGGGAAGUGACUAUCAAGUUUUCUUGAGUUUUAGAGGGCCUGAUACUCGCGUUGGAUUCACUGACGUACUCUUCUAUAGCUUGACCGAUGCUGGAAUCUGCGUCUUUCGAGACGACGAAGAGCUCCGUGUUGGUGAAAGGAUCGAUGGAUCCCUUCUGCAAGCAAUCAACAACUCCAGGAUCUAUAUACCCAUCUUCUCUCGAAACUAUGCUUCGAGUCAGUGGUGCCUCCGCGAGCUCGCGCAGAUCGUGGCAAAUACAUUCAAAUCGGAAGGUAAUAAAGUGAUCCUACCUAUUUUCUUCGACGUGAAACCCAACGAUGUUAAACUGAAAACCCCGCUGUAUCGCGAUGCCAUACUCAAUUUGGAGCAUGAGAAGAAGUUGAGCAAUGAGCAAGUCCAUGCUUGGAGAGAGGCUCUCAUGGAGAUUGAUGCCAUCAAGGGAUGGGAAGUGAAGGAGUACAAAGGUCACGGGGAACUCAUCAGAAUGGUAGUUGAGGAGGUUGUCGAAAAGUUGAAAACAAAACAUAGAUCGGUGACUGAACAUUUAGUUGGAAUCGAUGAUCAAGUAGCAGCUAUAAGCAAAUUAUUAGACGUCAAUUCCAAUGGUGUGCGUCUAAUUAAGAUUCAUGGCAUGGGAGGUAUCGGUAAAACAACUCUUGCCAAGGGAACAAGGAGCAUUAAUGAAAUAGAUUAUGGAAUGAAGAGGGCUGGAGAAGUACUUGGCAGUAAGAAAGUUCUCGUCGUACUUGAUGACGUUGAUUGCAACGAACAAGUGGAGAAAUUAGUUGGAAAGACUAUUUUCUAUUCGGGAUCUAGAAUAUUGAUUACAACUAGAAAUAAAGAUGUAUUGCAAACCAAUGCACCAAAGUAUCAUAUUUUAGAUUAUGAAAUGGAGGUGAUGAGUAUUGAUCAUGCACUUGAGCUUUUCAGCGGGCACGCACUUAACAAAACCUCUCCUUUAGAUGAUUACAACGAUGUUUCGAAGAAAAUCGUAUAUGCUCUUGGGAGACUUCCGUUGGCUCUUGAGGUAAUUGGUUCAUCCCUUUAUCACAAACCGCAAGAAAUAUGGAAUGAGACGUUGGAAAAGUUAAGAAAAGCACCUGACAAAGAUGUUUUUGGAAAGUUGAAGAUUAGCUAUGAUGCCUUAAGUUUCGAGCAGCAACAAAUUUUCCUCGAUAUCGCAUGCUUUUUCAUCGAUAAAGAUAAGAUGAAUGCAAUCUACAUGUGGAAAGAUUGUGGGUUUUUCCCGGAUACUGGAGUGGCCAUCCUUAUUAACAUGUCUUUGAUAAAGAUUGUGGAGAAUAAUAAGUUCCGGAUGCACGAUCAACUUAGAGAUCUUGGAAGAAAAAUUAUUCAUCAAGAAAAUCCAAUAAAUCCUGAGAAUCGGAGUCGAAUAUGGAUUUGGGAGGACGGCCUUGAUGCAAUAAGAUCAAGAGAGAUGAAGAAUAACGUUCAAGCACUAUCUCUUGAGACAUUUGGACAACAUCCCCAUAAUGUCGUUGUUCGAAGUGAAGAGAUUGGAAGGUUUGAACAUUUAAGAUUUCUCAAAUUAUCUGGUUUAACCCUUGUUGGCGAUGCAGCAAAUCAUCUUACCAAAUUAAGAUGGAUUUCUUUGAGUUGGCCACCGCAAAUCAAUAAAUGGCCCACCAUGUCCCUAAAGAAUGUAGUUGUUCUUGAAUUUAAUAAGGAUGACUUCUUAGAUGAUUCGAGAUUACGAAGCUUAAUUAAGAUGGCCUCAAAAUUGAAUGCUCUUUCUCUUAAAAGAUGUAAAAACAUAACUAGAACACCAGAUUUCUCUGGAUGCCCGAAUUUAGAGAGGCUAGCUUUUGAAGGUUGUUCCAAAUUGAGGGAAAUUGACGGCUCUAUUGGGAAGUUGAAGUGUCUGAUAGACCUGAAGAUUCAUAGCUGCAGUUAUCUUAAACAUUUGCCUGAAGAAAUCGGAGACUUAGUGAAUUUGCAGUAUUUCUUCGUAGCUUGUAGUGGAAUAAAGGAACUCCCGGGUUCCAUACGGAAGAUGAAAUCAUUACGUGAGUUGCACUUUCAAGGCGAUAUUUAUGAGGAAUUAGAUCUAGCAAAUUUGUGGGAGUUGCCUAGUGCUGUCGGAAUGCUCCAGGAUCUGGAAGUGCUUCAAGUCAAUAGUCCCUCUUUAAAAGGUGAACUUGCAUCAGGGAUCGGAAGUUUGCCCAUUCUAAGAAUCCUCAAUCUAUCAAGGACUGGUAUUAUUGGAAUUCCAAAGAGCAUCAGCAUGCUUCCUCGACUGCAAAGAAUUGAGUUGGUGGGCUGUAAUAUGAUUCAAGAAUUGCCGACGCUCCCAACGAGUUUGACCCAUCUACGAGUGUCAUCUAAAUCUUUGCUUGUAGUCCCGGAUCUAUCGAACUUGACUAAUUUGGUUGAAUUGUAUCUAAGUGAUGGUGGAGGUUAUGUAGGUGAUAGAUUUCCACCAGAAAAAGGAGUAGGAGAUAAACUUCAUCGUACCGGUGAGUUAGGGUGGAUUGGGAAGUUAUCCAAGCUGACCAAAUUGAGCAUCGGACUUCACAAAGUCGCUAUUCCUACUGAGAUGGCUUCCCUUCCUCUGCUAAACGAACUUACUUUAUUCGAUUUGGACUUGCAUGCCUUUCCGCAACUCCCCUUAUAUCUGCAAAAGCUAAGCCUUUAUAUGGUCAAUAUAGUUGCCUCACUCUCUCCGAACCUGAGAAAUUUGUCACGUUUACACAUCUCUAAGUCUCCAAUGCAAGAAAUUCAACAGGAUGGGCUUCAACUUCCACAGCUAAAGGAGUUGUUGGUGCGAGAUUGUGGAGACCUCGAGAGAUUGAAUCUAUCAAGAAUGAGGAAGCUGAAGGAAGUCAAGGUGGAAGAUUGUCCAAAGCUAGUUGAGAUCCAAUUUUCUAUGGUGUUCGAAUCACUGGAAGCAUUGUCUAUUGAAAGUUGCGAGUCCUUCGGAAGGCUAGUUUACGAGUCUGCUGAUGAAUCGAUGAGUUGUGAAGGGAGACUGAUUUUUCCAUCGAGAAUCUUGAAUAAGUUGCGUAUUCUCAGACUGUCGAAAUGCCCUAAGAUACUCGACAUUCAAGUCGUAGGUGCGUCGGAAUCGUGGGAAGUCUUCGAACUUUGGGAUUAUCCUAAUUUGCAAAGUCUCGGUGGUUUAGCAAACUUAAAGAACCUCAAGUCCUUAAGUAUCAUGUUGUGCGAGAGGCUACUGGUUGUCGAGGGCGUCGACGAGUUGGAAUUUCUGGGCCAAUUGGAACUUCAUGGAUGCGGAUGGUUGGAAAGGUUGAUUGAAGUGUCAACCACCAAAUUGCCAAAUGAUUGCCAAGUACAUAUCGAAAGAUGCAGGAGAUUACGUGGGAUUAAGGAAAGAUUCCAUGGCUCCGUCCAGUCCUUAAAGCAUUGUAAGGUGAAUCUCAUUCAUUCUCUCUUCUUCUCUUUCUGA